GGAGGCGAAAGAGAGUAGGGGUGGGGGGAGGCAGACACAAACUGGGGGCGCUCACCGACACAACGGGGAGCGCUUUUUUUGGGUGUUUUGAGGGCGCCUGGCGGAUCUCCGGGCUCCUCUUUUCGCCCCUCCGCCCGGUUUAAUGUGUCAGGCCGCCGUUGGCUGCCCUCGCCACCUGGAUAUUAUUUAUAACCGACAAGAAAAUUGGAUGGGACGGACGCACGAGCUAGACAAUCCCGGAAAUAACAUGCGUACUCUCAGCCUGUCACGUACGCUCGCCGAGGAUUUGCAUUGCUGUAGGCUGCCGUAGAAAUGCCCAACACACUCCCAGAAUGUAUAUAUAAGACACGGAGACAAACAAACACGCUGCUUCAGAGUAUUUAAACCGGAGAAAUGGGAGGAAUCAAAGGCAGCAGAGGAGGACUUAGUCAUGAAACUUCCAUCGGUUGCGCCAGGGAUCUUCUCCCCCAGAGAGAGCAGCAGCGGCUCAGCUAGAAAAUGAGUCGAGGACGUGAAGUACGUGCGCAUCCAGCAGAUGACGAGAUGAAAUGGAGAGUUUGGAACAGACGGACCUUGUAAACCCAGCCCGCGGAUCCGUCGCAGUUUCACACAAGCAGGACAGAGGAGCGAACAGCAGGCAGUUUGUCAGCGGACCGACAGAGAUUCACCACACGCACCGGACGGACAUGGGGCUUAAUGGCUUAUGUGCGGCGCCGGUCGGCAGUCCAACCGCGGCGGAGUUGCUCGCGGAUCUAGCCUCUCAGACUGACUCCCCGGGAAUCACCACCCCAACGAAGCAAUGCAAAACCGGCGUGCCGCUCUACAACGGCGGGGUGGUGUCGCCUUCUGCAACUGUAGAGGGCAACCACUCAGGCGUUUUGGCUCAGACGCCAAAUGGUUACCCUGCCCAAGUAACGGGGGUGGAGGGGCAAACGGAGGGCCCCGGGUACCCCCUCACCAGCAGAGCCUGCCUGAUGGAGAACGGGGACUGGACUGCUCAUGAGAAGCACCCGUCAGUAAUGCGGAGACUCAAUGGUGACUUAAAAACCAGACAGGCACAACAGCAGAAAAAGAGAUGUGGGGAGAAUCGGGAGAUUGGGCCAGAGACUGUUAGCAGCCAGAGCGUGGGGUCACCUGGACCAGGAGGUUCUAUGGACCCAGUAUUCGCUUCAGGGGACUCAGACUGGAAGCGGAGAAGGUUGGUAGAGGGAGGCGUUGCAAUCAAAUCCACAGAAACCAGCAGAGUGGCUCGAGCAGUCGCCCCUCUCUCAGUUGCUGUCAACUGUGGCAACAGUUCCCAUUCCAACCAGUUGGCUUCCUUAACCCACGCUGCCCCUCAUAAUAAUCAGCACAGUGGGCACAGUAAGGUGGCUUCUUCAGGCCUUUCAGCUGCACCCGGGGUACAUGCUGCCCGUAACCCACCACUUCCUGCAGGGACUGGCUGGUCAGCAGAGCGCAUAGCCAAGCAGUACAUCGUCCCUUGCAUGACGUAUUAUGGGAUUUGUGUAAAGGACAACUUCCUGGGCUCCCAGCUGGGCGACAGAGUCCUGGAAGAGGUGGAGACUCUAAAUCAGAAUGGGAAGUUUCGCGGUGGGCAGCUGGUGAGCCAGAAGAACAUUCCCUCCCUUAACAUCAGGGGCGACCAGAUCGCCUGGGUGGAGGGGAAAGAGCCCGGGUGCGAGAACAUUGGAGUGCUGAUGGCUCACAUAGAUGAGGCCGUCAUGUACAGCUCUGCCAAUGGACAGCUUGGGAACUGUGUCAUCAACGGACGCACUAAGGCCAUGGUUGCCUGUUACCCAGGUAACGGGGCAGGGUACGUGCGCCACAUUGACAACCCUAACGGUGAUGGACGGUGCAUCACCUGUAUCUACUAUCUUAACAAGAACUGGGAUGCCAAGAAACAAGGUGGGUUGCUGCAGAUCUAUCCUGAAGGCAAAAAUGUGGUAGCCAAAGUUGAACCUCUCUUCGACCGGCUGCUCAUCUUCUGGUCUGACCGCAGGAACCCACAUGAAGUUAGGCCAUCCUACUCAACUCGCUAUGCCAUCACAGUCUGGUACUUUGAUGCCAAAGAGAGAGCAGAGGCUAAAGAGAAAUACCGAUUGGCAACAGGACAGAAAGGUGUUCAAGUGCCUGUCACUCAAAACAGCAGGACAUAAAUUUCAUCUAGUGACUGGAGAGCACUCUCAGAGCAUUACGUGCCUUCCUUAACUGUUAAUGGACAUUGUGAUCAUUAAGAGAGAUGCCGUUAAGCUAUUCAUCACCGCAGCUCUUCAAGUGUCGGCUGUCAGUCACAUCACAGCCCGUGAUGUAAUAUUUUUGCUGCCCUAUGACCGGGCUGCUGAAACGUAGAGCACAGCGAGCAGGAUUGUAUGGCAAAGGUCAUAUUUGCACGUCGUGGCAGAAGAAGAAGGAAAAUUACUCGAGCUUCUCACUGAAUCGCCUAUGAACACAGCAAGCUGAAAAACAUUAUUGCAGUUUUUGCCUCUUCAGUUAUCAGCGGUGUAUUGAGAUAUCAACGUUUUUACUCUGCUCUCGUGUAUUUUUUUUCCCAAGCGAAACACAAAGAGCAAAAGUGGUAAUUCAAUGGAAGCACAGUAGAAAUCAAUGCCAUGAGAUUCUUUGCUCCCUCUCGACUGUAAGACGGUGCCCUUGUCUCAUGAUGUGGGCAAGACAAAAGAAAUGGGCCAUGACAACGCAAAGAGUGGCUGUCAGCCACGAUGCAGUGGACAGCCGCGCCGUGGCACUCAUUCGGUCCUGGCUGAAGGACUAAGUCUUGCAUGGGGACAGCUCUACGCCAUAGUUUGACACUGUAUAGCACACUAUGUAGGGUUCAUAACGUGUGGGCUCUUUUGCAACAGCCUCUCAAAAUGUUAGUGCAGUAAAAACACAAAUCCAGCAUGAACCUUUUUUUUUUUUUUUUCCUUUUUAAAUCUUUAGUAGAUACAAUGUGUGUGUAACAGAUUUUCAAGAAGUAAAGCUGUUCUACAUACUUGAUGGAGAGUCCUCUGUAAAUGACUGAAAUUCACAGCUCACAUAUGAGACAAGAGGCAAGAUGUUCACUGACAGUGGACAAUACAGGGUUUGAAGAAACAGACUGUGGUGUGUGUGUGUGUGUGCGUGUGCGUGCGUGUGCGUGUGCAGAUCCAGCUUGAUUCUUAACUGUUCUUAACAAAAUGGAAACAACAAGUUACCGUCAGUGUGGAUGCUGUUGAACAAAUCUACCCACCCCCUUAAAAAAAAAAGAGGCACACAAAAACAAAAGAUGGAUAGCAAAAAGAAUCAAUGACUAAGUUAAACUUAGCAGUAAUUAACAGAACGAUUAAUCUCAGUCAGUCUGUGUGCUCGAGACCUUUUCAUAUACAAAGCACAGAGUAAACAUACACUGUAUUAAUGAACAAACAGCCAGGUGAAAAUAUUGCCUACUCGUGUGUGGGAUUGAGUAUUUGUGUGUAAAUGUGCACGUGUCCGUCAGAUUCCAGUGUCUUGAAGAGGGCUGCAGGUAUUCUCUCAGUGUAUCUUAGAUUGAUUGAAGAGAAGGUUGUUUUUUUUUUUAAUUAAAAAAAAAAAGCACUUUAUUGUUUAAAAUUGCCAUGCGUGAAUGAUAGAGGGGGAAAACAUGAUUACAAAUGUAGAUUAAUGACUUUAUGCUGUGUAUAAUAUGAUUCAUUCAAAUGCAAUAGAAACUAAAACAAUGAGAAAGAAUGGAAGCUGUCUUUAAAAAAAAAAAAAAAGUAUUUAAUUAAAAUGUUUCUGUUUUGUACACGAAAAUUGUAAUUGAUCUACUGGGCAGGGGAGAAAAAAAAUUCUAACCUGAAUUGUAGUUUAACUUGCUUUCUCUUCAUCUUAGAUGAGCGAGCAUCCAGUACAUUUUUAAAUAAACAUGUUUUCCAAUGCA